UCUGCUUAUGGCGGCAAAUACGUCUCCGUAGGACGGUGCCUUGCACGCGUGAUAUCGAAAUGAAUAAAUUUUUACUAAACAUUUGUAAUUUUUUCUAAAAAUUUCAGCAAACUACUGGCCACCUCAGAACUAUCACCAGGCGAUGUUAUUCUGGAGGAGCAGCCACUACUCGUGACGCCUCAUUGGGACUGCGAACAGAUGCGUUGCAGCCAAUGCAUGCAGGACUCCUUUGUGAUGUGCAAGAAAUGUGAGUUCUUUCCGCUCUGCAUCGAUUGCACCACCCACAAUGCCUAUGACUGUGAUUUCUUUUGCAAUGCAACGGCCGUUGCUGGAAUUUCCAAAAAUCUACUAGUUGAGAACUACGCGAUAUUGGGAGUGCUUAAGUUGCUGCUGCUCAUGGAGAAUCCACAAACCAGCGAAUAUUGCGCUCCACUUGGCACAACGCCAGGCGCCGCUGUUGUGGAUAGCGAAGCGUGGCAGGAACGUGAAGUUCAAAUCAUCACACCAAUAUUGAAAUCGGGUCUAGUGAACGCUUUCAAGCGGGUCAAGGUCACCCACGAUUUGCUACACACGCUUUGCUGGCGCAUCGACGCCAACGCUUUUGACGUCACAGCAAACGAUGGCAACACCCUGAAGGGGGUUUACGUGUGUGGCGCACAGCUGCCACAUAAUUGUGUGCCCAACACUGUGGUCACCUUCGACGAAGGUACGUUUCGCCUCAAGUUGUAUGCAUCGGUGCGCAUUCGUGCUGGCGACGUCAUCUACAACUGCUAUACGAAUCCAUUAAUGGGCACCAGCCAACGACAACACGAGCUACGUCUCACGAAGGGCAUCGAAUGCACGUGUGAGCGCUGCAGUGAUCCGCUCGAGCUGGGUACGCACAUGAGCUCGCUGAAGUGUCAGAAAUGUGCCGCCGGUUUUGUAGUAUGCAGCGGCAGCAGCAGCAGCAAGCGCAGUGGGGAGUGGCAAUGUAACAGUUGUGCAGCCACUAUGGCGACGCAUGAGGUGAAGCAACUACUGGUGGAAGUGGGCGAGUCGCUGUUGGAGACCAAUAGUGAGCUGCUCGCGUACGAGUGUUUGUUGGAGAAGUACGGCGCGCGUUUUCAUCAGAACCAUUUUGUGUUGGUGGAAAUCAAACAGAAUAUUGCGUCUAUACUGCGCGCCAUACUUAUGAACCCUAUGUGUGUGCCAGGUAAGGAUUUGUUAGAGCGCAAAUUGCAGCUGUGCGAGGAACUGAUGCCGUUGGUGCGUGCAGUGCUGCCGGGUGUGUCGAAAUUGUAUGGCAUUGCGUUGUAUGAAUAUCUGUUAUCCUUCAUGGAACUGGCCGAGUUGGUUUAUGAGGACAAAGAGGUGGGAAAUGCAGCGCUGAUUUUUCAGGUGAAAAUACGUUUUGGAUAUGUCACCGCAGCAGUGGACAUGAAAGCCGGCGAAACUUGUCUGCUAGAACAGCCAAUAUUGCUGCUGGCUCUCAAUGGCGAUAGCCGAUGCUCGAAUUGCUUGAAACUAACUAAACAAUUUUGCAGCACCUGCCAAGUCUUUCUACUCUGCGACAAUUGUACAUCACACAAUGAAUACGACUGCCAUUUACUUGCCGACAUGGAAAAGUUACGCAUAGACUUGCUCAGGGAAAAUCCUAACACGUACGGACUUCUCAAAAGUUUACUUCUGCGCGAAAAUCCAGCAAAUGCUGCAUACUAUGAGCAAUUAUUACAAAUGGAGGCGCAUUUAGAAGAACGGCGCAACACUGAAAUUUGGAAAGAUUCGCAAAAAGGCGUCGUCGAGCCCAUACUUAACGCAGGUUUGACAAAAUAUCUGAAAGAUGGAAAGUCCAUAGAUGUAACACUGCUGCAAAAACUUCUGGCCAUCGUUGAUGUUAACUGUUUCGAGGUACGAGCGCCGGAUGAAGGCCAGUUACGUGGCAUCUAUCCGCGUGCAGCACUCUUAGCGCACAGUUGUAUAUCGAAUGUUCAGUCAUGUAUCGAUGAAAGUUAUCAGCUGAAAAUGUUUGUCACGCGUGAUGUGAGCAAAGGAGAAAUGCUCUAUAAUUGCUACACAAAUGUGUUGUUGGGCACCGACGAGCGGCAUAAUAUGCUAAAGGUGGGCAAGUAUUUCGACUGUAAAUGUGAACGCUGUGAGGACCCCACCGAGCUGGGUUCACAUAUGAGCAGUUUUAUGUGCGCGCGUUGUGCCGAGAAUAAGCGAGAGGGGGGUUUCAUUGUAAAGCAGAUGAGGAAGCAGUAUGCGGUGCAGAAGCCGCAGCCACAGACGCAACAGCAAUCAUCGAAAAUUCUCCCUAAGCAGGCGUGGUUGUGGCAAUGUCUGCAGUGUGGGCAUACGCUACCGGUCGAUACUGUAGACCAGCUGGUGGAACGGGCCAAAGAAGAAAUGUUUCAUGCCAAAGAUGAUAUUACACGUUAUGAGCUCUUGCUGGCCAAACUCACGCGCUACUUUCAUCCCAAUCACUACCUAUUGCUGGAUAUCAAGCAAAAUAUUGCGGCGAUUUUGCGCUCCAUACUACAAAAUUUCACAUUGCAGCCGGGCCGGAAGGUUUACGAGCGCAAAGUGCGACUUUGUCAGGAUAUAUUUGGUGUUUUACAGAUUAUUCUACCAGGUAUUUCGCGGUUGAAAGCGAUUGUACUCUAUGAAAUGGCUAAUACAUCGGCAGAGUUGCAACGCAUGCGAUACGAGGAAAAGGAGUUGCAGAAAACGGAGCUUGUCGAGCUUUUGAAACGAAUAGAAAUGAUGCUACGUGAAUCAAUACGAAUGUUAAUUUAUGAACCCCCCGAGACGCCGGAGGGUCAAAUGACAAAGAGUAUGUUGAAAGAGCUAAAGGAUCUGCAGAACGACAUUAAGUAUUUGGAUGAAAACUAAAAUGAAAGUGAUGUAGAUAAAUUUGGAGAAAUUUUCCGAAAAUACGACAAAAUUAGUUUCAUAAAAUUUUAUUAUGUAUAAAAAUAUGUACAUAAAUAGCAAA